AUGAAUUUCUGUACUACUUGCAAACAUACAUUACCUGCAGAAGCCUUUCUUUAUGAGGGCAAAGUAUUUAAAACAUGUUCAAGUUGCUUGAUUGCGAGAUCUAGGAAGAGAAUUGAAAAGCAAUCUUCUGCUAACAGCCAUCAGUCAAAAAGAGAGGAAGAAGCGGCAUAUGAGAAAAUGUCAUUCUUUGAAAUUGUUGAGUAUAUAACCAGUAAAACCGCUAACCUUGAGCAGAAUAACACGCUGUCCUUUAAUCUUCGCAUUGAGCUCGAUGAUAAUGCAUUAGUUGCUGCACACAAUGAUGCGAAGAAUAUGGUAAAACUAAUAGUUGACGAGAUUGAAGGGUUCGAUGGAUAUGAUUGGGUAUUCACAACUGGACCUGAAAUGUCAUUACGCCAUCAUGGAGUCGGUUUGUUUUAUCUUGCAUGCUCACAAUGCUAUGAACUUGAGCGUGAGUAUAAGGAGUCAAACCGAAAGAGAAUGUCACGUUUUAACUGUCAUGGCAAGCUAAUCAUCCGCAUCGAUAUGUCAGCAAAAGAAGCGAUGGUGAGGUUUCUUCAUGAUAUUCAGCAUGAGAAACCUGUCGAUAUUACAACCCCACCAGAGGUCAAGCACGAGAUCAUGCAGAAUCUUCAUAUGGAUCCCGUGCAGUUGCGAACACAUCUCCGUCAAAUGUAUGAUGUUUCACUUGUUACUGCGAAACAAAUCCAUUAUUGGUGGUCAACGUUUUGCCAGCGCUUCUAUAAAUCAGACGAGAACCAUGUAGUUUCUGCACGUCGCUUUUUAGAAGGUCCCCAUGCUGUUGACAGCAAGCUUUGCUUCGAUUGGAAUACCGACUUGGUUACAGCGAUCGGAUUCACGACCCCUUUAUUAGCUAAGUUAUUACCAUUGUCGAGUGUACAUUGUGACGCAACUUACAAAACGGCCAAGGGACGCUUCGAGCUCUAUGGGAUUAUUGGUAAUGUUGAAGGUGCAGGAUUUCCAGUAGCGUAUCUCAUUUUAAAUACUACGAAGGCACCAAACAAUGAUGAACAAACGGGAUUAAGAACAAAGGCACUUGUUGGCUUCCUUCGUUCUCUCUAUGACAAGGG